AUGUCAAGCAAGGAAACAGUGGCCAAUGCUCUGUGUCAACUUGAAACAAUUUUCCUUGGUGGAAGUUAUCAUGAUGAGAAUCUGUGUACUUCGUUAAAUAUUGUUCGUAAUGAAUUGCAAGAGAUUGAUAAACAAUCGAAUUCAAUAUCGUCUGAUGUAAAAAAUCAGCUGCUUCUUGUACUUCAAUCGUUUGAAGUCAAUCUGUUUCGUCAAUGUCUGCUUCGAAUAUUUGCUGAAAUGUCGUCAACUAUUGUAUUUACGUUUUUCGAUACAAUUCGUUUUCAAUUGAUGAUUGAUCUUGAGACAAAUCCUUCGAUGAGCGAUUUCUAUCUUAAAAUCUCACUGGCCUGGUUAACAAACGAUUCAACUAUUAAUUAUCUUAUUCAAAAAAGUCUCCCUUCGUCAAACGAAAUGAAUAUCGAUGAGCAAUUUUUGAAUUUAUUCUGUUGCAUUAGUACACGUGCUGUUUUUUACAAAACAAGCGGCUCUUCUUCAUUGUGCGUCUCACGAAAAACGACGCCAACCUUUUUUGAAUCGACCGACACUACCGAUCGCCUUCUUCGAGCAUUUAUUACCUAUUUGAAUGGUUAUUUUAUUGACGAUCGUCAACAUUCAGAAAGUGUUACGUUGAUUUUGAAAUGGCUACUUAAUAUGGCAGAUAUUUACGGAUAUAUUCCGUAUUUUGUUAAAACAAACUAUCCUGAGGCUAUACUCGAAUGGAUGAAAAAAACACGCGAUUGCAAUGAUAAAAUCUCCCUAGAAACAUGGUUUCUUGUUAUUAAUAUCUUCUAUAAUUUUGCUCGCCAUAGAAUUGGUGUUAAAGCAUUGAACAAAUUGAAAGCACUUGAUAUUCUUAAAGAAUGGAAAAAUCGAUAUUUUACAGAAUUGCCAUCAACAGAUAUGAUGAAAACAUUUGAAGAUACAGUACUUGCCUAUUAUCUUCUCUAUGUACUUCUACUCGAACCGAAAGAAAUGAAACAAGAACGUAUAAGUAGUAUUGAAAAUGUACUCGAUCACAUAAUCGAACGAACAGUCCAAGCAUUUAAUUCAUCUCAGUUCAAUUGUGGUCUUUACAAUGUAACGGAGUAUUUGGCUGGUCUAGCUAAAUUAGGGGUUAACGAUAAAUUUCUUUUGUAUUUCAUUUCAAAAGAUGGUAUACUCGAUUUAUUUAUUCGAAAAUUUCUGGAAUUUAAUCAGUCCUGCACAAGAAAUGAUAAUGUCGAAUCAACUGAUUUAAAUACAUUGAUUUGUGCUUCGCUUUAUACAAUUUUUUGGUCGAUCAGUUUUCAGUCAGACUAUUCAACAAAGUUAAAAGAAAACAAUGAAUUCAUUGAAUUUGUUCAACAAGUCUCAACAAAUGAAUCUACCGAUGAAAAUAUUGUCGCUAUGAAACGAGCAGCAAAAGGUAUCCUUUUUAAUCUGGAUCUUAUACAAACGGAUCUUCAACCGAUUGAUGAUACCGACACCGAUGAUGAUCAUGUUAAAGCAAUGAUUUCAUACGCACAUAAGGAUACAAAAUUAUGUCAAACGCUCGUUAGUAAACUUGAAGGUCGUGUCCGAGGUGAUGUCUGGGUAGAUUUUAUUAAAUUACAACCGCCGUACGAAGACGACUGGGAAGAAAUCGCUUGCGCCAUUACUCAAUGUGAUGUUGUUCUCAUGCUUGUUACCGAGAAUUAUUGUACUUCGAAAAGUUGCCGUCGAGAAGUGAUUCAUGCUGAUAAACGUAACAAACGGAUUAUACCUAUCUAUCAAGGAAAAGAAUAUCAACCAGAAGAUUGGUUUGAGAUUCGCGUCGGUUCGGCUACUUUUGUACGAUUUGGUGAUGGUAAAAGUGAUGAAAAAGUGAUGGAAACCCUGCUCAACUUGAUUCAUGCAACGGAUAAAAGAAAACGAAGCUUUAACAAAACAACAUCUCAUGAGGCACCAACUUCAAUCAAUCAACAACAAACUGUUGCAUAUAUUGUUCCAAGUCCAGUGCUUUCAGUAUCACCAGUCUUACCACGAACGCAACCGAUCUCAAGUCCAAUGAUGGAGAAUUUAAGACCGCAAGCGAUGCGAUUUGAGUCAACAUCGGACACUACACCUAAUCAAUCAUUACCAACGAUCAAUAGAAAACCAGUUGAACAGUGGACUAAUGCAGAGCUACUAAAUUUUCUUCAAUUGCCUCCGACAAUGCUUGAUUUGUCAUCGGGCCAAGCCGCGCUUACUUACAUUCGCCUAUUAACUAAUGACGAUUCUCUAGUCGAUGAAUACGAGACACGAAUGCACCAGCGUGGAUUUAGUCGUGAGCAAUUUGCGAAUGCAAUUACGUCGCUUAGGAGUUUACGUUCCCUCUCCAAUAUUGAGGAAACAUCAACUCUUCCUCCCAACCAAUGGACAUACGAGGAAAUCAAAUGUUGGUUUCGUCAAAAUCUUUUAUCGGAUUAUUUGUUCAACAUAUUUACAUUUGAUAAUGGAGAUGAAUUUCUCACUUAUGCAACAUUAGUUACUCAAACUCCGACGCGUAUAGAUGUCGAAUAUGAUCGAUUGAAAUCCUUAAUUCAAAAUCGAUACAAUCCACAAGAUCCUUUUGCAUUAGAUGAAUACGCACGAUUCGUCAAUGCUAUGAAAAAACUGAUCAUUCGAUCUCAAUCAUCAUCAUCCAUAUCGUCUCAUACAACAGAAGAACCUGCUCAAUGUACUAUUUCAUAA